AUGGUUAGACCGAUCGUUCGGAUCAGCCCAGAGGAGGUUCAUAUCGAUGAUCCAGAUUUCGUGGGCGCUGUAUACAAUAAUAGCAACGGUCGAGUGGAAAAGCCAGCAAGAGUCGCUGAACAGUUUGGCCCUUAUCCAGCACUUGUCGGGACUCAGUAUCACGAGACUCACCGCAUCCGUCGCGCUGCACUAAAUCCUUUCUUCUCUAAGGCGUCUGUCACCAAGCUGAUACCAGUUAUGUGGGGGCCGAUAAACAUCGUCUGUGACAGGCUAGGUGAGGCCUGCAAGUCCAAAGAAUCUGUGAAUCUGAAAUACCUUUUCUCGGCGAUCACGCUCGAUAUCAUGACAGCUUAUUGUUUCUCACAAGAGCCAAGUGCUGUCUUAAGCCCCGACUUUUGUCGAAAAGAGCAUGAUGAUCUAGAUGCUUUCGUGGAGGUCAGCCUGCUUAACAGCCAUAUUCCAUGGGUCAUGCGCGCAAUCUAUUCGCUUCCGAUGGUUAGCACCAGCCAUGGCCAGUAUCUUGGAUCUUCGACAGGUAUCGCCUCUGAGGUCUAUCUAAGCCGCAUUUUUAACCAAAAGCAGGAACUAUCACGUCAAGUUGAGGCUAUUCGAAGUGGACAGAAUGAGUCAUAUAAGACGUAUAUUCAUCGAACCAUAUUUCACGAUCUGCUAGAUAGCGGGUUGCCACCAAAGGAGCUAGAGAGGGAUCGCCUACGAGAUGAAGCUCUUGGCACAGUGACAGCCGGGUCGGACACGACAGCUUAUGUCCUACGAGGAGCGGCUUAUCAUGUCUCCGCAAAUCCGGACGUGAACCAGCGACUAUACGAAGAGCUGAAAGCGGCAAUCCCCGAUCCAUCUCCAGAAAGCUUCCCAUCCCUUGUAGUGCUUGAAAAGCUUCCUUAUCUCUCCGCGGUGGUUCAGGAGAGUCUUCGACUUUGCAACCCUGUGACACAUCGACUAUGUCGAAAGUUCCCAGACAAGGCACUGAGAUAUCAGGACUAUGUUAUCCCACCAGGAUGGACUGUUAGCAUGACCUCAAUGCUGAUUCAUGGAAAUGAAAGCAUUUAUCCAGAGCCUUACGAAUUCCGACCGGAACGAUGGUUGAAUGGAGGUCUUGAAGUGCGACAGUUAGAGCGGUACUUGGUGCCUUUCAAUAGAGGCGUCCGCGUCUGUUUGGGAUUGAAUCUAGCUCGAGCAGAGCUUUUCAUAAUACUCGCAGUUCUUUUCCGACAGUUCAAGUUCGAUAUUUCGCAGGUGUCUCGAGCGCGCGAUAUUGAUUUGACUCGAGACUUUAUUAUUGGGGCCACAGCUGCGGAUUCUCCAGGGAUUCUAGUUGGGGUCGAAAAGGCAUCCUGA